AUGGAUAUCAUUCUUAAAGAAUUGAAGACUCACUUUCCGGACAAACCAAUUUCCAAAGAAAAAAUAAAAGAUCACAUGAAACACAUAAAAACAAAGUUCAAUUGUUGUUAUGACCUUUUCCAGAAUGGCUUGAGUGGAUUUGGAUGGGAUUCAACAACAAAUAUGUGGAUUGCCGAAGAUAAUGUUUGGAACAAGCUAAUUGAGGUAUUAUUUACUAUAAUUGUUUUAUACACUUACCCGAUUAUUUUUAGUUGA